CCGCCCGCGCACCCCCCGGGGCCGCGUCUACACUAGGGCAGGCGGGGCGGGGCGGCCUGGCCGAGCAGGGCAGCUCGCACACCAGCCGGUGUCGGGGCUGGAAGGCAGCUCGCAGGCCUCGGCGUGCAGCCGCCGCCCGGGCAGGAAGGCGGCCGGGCUCGGGUGGGGGCUGUCCCGUGUCCUCUGGAAACCCCCCGUGCGCGGAGGUGAUUCCUCGGCUGCGAAGGAGGUUUUCCUGGAAGGAAGCCGAAAGUUUGUAUCCGUUCCGGAGUGAGUUGUAUCCGUUCAUGGAUACAAACUCAGCUUGUAUCCACCGUCCUGCGCUGCCCCGAGGUGCUCGCCGCCGCGCGCUGCCCUGAGGCCGCCGGCGCUGGCCGGGCCCUCGCACCUCCGCCCUUCAGGCGGCACCGGGCCGCAGGGUCCCGCCGGACCGGACAGGUGGCCGAGGUGGCGGAGGAGAGGAGGACGGAGUUCACCGCAGACUCGUGCAAGGUGCUGCGUGUGGGGAGAAGGGACCAGCAACGCGCCUAUGGGCUGGGGACUCCCUGCUUGUCAACGCCGCGCAGAGGGGGCUUGGAGUCGUUGCUGACUCCAGGAUGGGCACGAGCCGCCGAUGCGAGGAAGGGGUCAGGAAGGGCAGCCGCACCUUGUCGUGCAUCCACAGGUGCAUCUCGAGCAGGGCCAAGGAGGUGAUCCUCCCCCUCUACGCGGCACUGGUCAGGCCGCAGCUGGAGUACUGCGUCCAGUUCUGGGCGCCGCACGUCAGGAGGGAUGUGGACAGCAUGGAGAGGGUCCAGAGGAGGUCACCCGCAUGAUCGGGGCAGCAGGACAGGCCCUACGAGGAGAGGCGACAGGACCUGAACCUGGUCAGCCUCCACAAGAGAAGGCUGAGGGGGACCUGGUGGCCACCUAUAAACUCACCAGGGGAGACCAGCAGAAAUUGGGGGAGGCUCUGUUCCCCCAGGCACCACCCAGGAUAACAAGGAAUAAUGGCCACAAGUUGUUAGAGAGCAGGUUCAGGCUGGACAUCAGGAGACAUUACGGUGAGGGCUGCCAGGCUCUGGACUGGGCUCUCGAGGAAGGUGGUGCUCUCCCCUCCCUUGGGGGUCUUCAAGAGGAGGUUGGAUAGAGAUCUGGCUGGGUGCUAUGAUCCCAGCACCCGUUCCUGCCUGGGGUGGGGGGUCAGACUUGAUGAUCUGUUCAGGUCCCUUCUUGCCCUAGAAACUAUGAAACUUUGAGGCCCAGGACCCUCAGCCUCUCCUCUAAGGCUUGCCGUGCAGGUGCCUGAUCAUACAGGUGGCUUUUUUCUGGAUUCUCUCAAGUUUUUCCAUGUCCUUAUUAACGUGCAGCACCCAGAACUGGAUGCUGUCGUCCAGCUGUGGUCUCACCAGUGCUGAGUACAGCAGGAGUAUCACUUCCUUAGGUUUACAGGAGAUGCAUGGGUUGAUGCAGGCCAGCGUGGUGUUUGCCCUGCUGACCACUGCAUCGCACUGAUGGCUCAUGUUCAUGCAAUGGUCAGUCAUUACCCCUAGGUCCCUUUCGGCCAUGGUGCAAGUCAAGCUGUCACCACCAAGCCUGUAUGCAUGUUGAGGGCUGUUUGUCCCCAGAUGGAUUACCUUGCACUUGGAAGUGUUAAACUUCAUCUGGUUUCAGUCCUCCCAGCUCUCUAGUCUGUCCAGGUCCACCUGUAUCAGCAACCAAUCUUCUGGUGUGGCCACACUGCCCCAUAACUUGGUGUCAUCUGCGAACUUGGCCAGCGAGCUUUUCACUCCCCCAUCCAAAUCAUUGAUAAAGAUGUUGAAAAGCACGAGUCCAAGCACGGACCCUGGGGGACACCACUGCCCACUUCGCACCAGGACAACACGGAUCCGUUCAUGGGGACUCUCUGGGUCCUACCCUGGAGCCAGUUUCCCACCCAUUGAACCAUCGAGCAGCUGAGCCCACAAUCUUCCAGGUUUCCCACAAGGAUAUCAUGGGACACUAGAUCAAAAGCCUUUUGGAAGUCGAGGUUUAUAACAUCUACCUCGUCUCCCUUGUCCAGGUGGCGAGAGACCUGGUCGUAGAAGGAGAUGAGGUUGGUAAGACAAAAGCCGUGCUGGCUGCUGUUCAGGAUCUUACCUUCCGCCAGCAUAUCACACAUAGAUUCCUUAAUGAGCUUUUCCAGGAUUUUCCCUGGGAUGGAGGUUAGGUUGACUGGCCUAUAGUUGCCCGCGUCCUCCCUCUCCCUCUUCUUGAAGAUGGGAACAAUGUUGGCCCUCUUCCAGUCAUCAGGGAUUUCCCCUGUGCACCACAAUUUCUGAAAGAGCUUUGCCAGGGGUCCUGCAACGGCCUCAGCCAGCUCCAUCGGCACUCUUGAAUGAAGUCCAUCUGGUCCCGCUGGCUUAUAAAUGUCUAGCUUUUCUAAUUGGUGUUACACCCACAGUGUCCAGGAGGCUGCCAUGCGGUCUAGGUCUUGGGGGCACUGGGGUCCUGUCCCAAUCCAGGUCUUGAGGACACGGGUUGUGUCCUGGUCCCAGUCUGGGGGGCACUGGGGUGUGGGUCCAAGCAGUGGGUGUGGGAACAAGACAGGUCAGAAGCCAGGGAGGUGACGGGGAACCUGAGCUUGGGGGACAAGGGAAGAGAAAACAGGGAUGGGAGUGAGGGUGACGGGGCUCAAACAAGUGCUACAAGGGGGGCACUGGGCAGUGCCCGCUGGCCCGAGCUGAGCCAGGAAGCUGGAGGGUCGGGCAGAGCACAGAGUCAGAGGCCAAGCCCGGAGACCAAGCAGAGCACAGGAUGCAGGUAUAUGCUGAGGUAGGUAGCCUCAGGGAGCAUGGAGUCGGAGGGCAAUCGGGUCAAGGAGCCCAGAGACCAAGUGGUGAGCAAGGAGAGGCAUGGACCACUUCUGAAUCGGCUCUUCCUAGACCUUCAUGGCUGGAGGCUGCACGUGGGAGAGGAAUGGGAAAAAGCCCUAGUCCGACCCAGCUCACUCUCCCUGUCAGCGUCAGCUCUCUGCCACUGCGCAAUGCACAAAACAGGCCAGAUGGACCUAUGGGGAACAGCAGUCCUGAUGUUUUUACCCUAAAUUAAAAACCGACUGCCCAGGAAAGGCAGCAGUCAUGGUGUCCAUUGAGCUCAUUAGCAGGUGUCUGAUUCCUUCUAAACUCUUCAUCCCACACGUGUUAGCAACUCCCUCUCCUUUUUUAAAGGUUUGAUAUUGCAUCGAUCACAAUCAUUUCUUCUGCUGUCCUGCUGUCUACUAGUCCUGGGGAUGUGUUUCUAGGAGGCAUUUCUCCUAUUUCACAGCCCUGCCGGCUGUUUUUAACCCUAGCAUCAAACCUUAACUCGGGUGUGGAAAUGUUUCCUCAGGUGAGCAUUUGCUCCGGUGUGGAAACAACUGCCAGUGAAGCACAGGACGUGCUGUCAAGAUGCUUGAGAAGGCUAGGUUGUGGUUGGUGACUCUGAGAAAGAGUCUACUACAGGCCUAAUGAAACAGCAUCUUUUCAUUCGUUUUUGCCUAGUUUGUUGUGUUUUUUGUACCAAAUGUGUGAGACAGCACAUUAAUGCUAUAUGCGUUCCAGUAAAGUUGUAUUUGUUUUUGCUUUCAUCUUAGAAUUAGUAGAAUUAGUCUACUGCGCAUUAGUGUUACCUAAAAGAUGUACUCUGGUGCUACUGCACAGUAGUGCCAAUUACUGCACAUUAAGUUAGUGCCUGUUAUAACAGGCGCUAAACUUAAUGCGCUGUAACUAUGCUGCAUUAAUGCACAUAUAGAUGCACCCAGUAUGGUGUGAAGUGUUCGGUGCAGGCUGUUCCUGUAGCUCAGAGGUGGCUGAUCUGUAGCUUGCAGCCUGUGUGUGUGACACAUGGCAGAUUGGGGAUGGGCUAGGCAGCACAAUGGCAGAUACAGCAGGGAGCAGUAAGUAUCAGAUGGGGCAGGAGCACAGGCCAGGGAACAGCAAGCAGAGCAGCAGAUCUGGCAGGGAGCAUAAUGCUGGAAGCAGAAAGUGGAGCAGCAGUUUGGUCAGGGAGCACAGGGCAAGGAGCAGAAAACUGAGCAGCAGAUCAGGUAAAGAAAAGAGAUUAGAGCGGCACUCGGAGAGGGUGCCAAAAUGUUGGUCUCCGCGGGUGCUGUUAAUCAGUAUUGUUCGCAGUGAGUUGGGGGCAAAGUGCAUGGCCUUUUUUCAGUCCUCAGCCAGCCCCUUUAUACGGAGUAUACCAAAGACAUGAUAUUUUCCGAAGUGUCCUGAAGGCAUGAUAAAUACUUUGUAUAACAUUUCUCCCUUUCUGCUCCCAAAAUUGUCUUCACUGCCUGUUAAUUUAUUUCUGGCACAUCUAGCUGUGUGGCCAGCUGAGCUCAGGGGAUGAGGUAACGGGACCUUUACCAAGCCUGAAGUAGAUUCCUUGUUUUCUGUUACAUUCUUGCUCGUCCUAUGCUGAUGCAGUUUAUGUUGUCUUGUGUGUAAAACUAUUGUAAGGAAAAUAUCAGCGAGACUUCAACAAGCAGAUUUGCUAGUGAUCCUUUUAAAAAGUCAGUACUGGGAAAUAUGAAGCAGCCUGGAGAAUGCUAGCGGUUCUUGUCAAAAUUGUGGGUGCAGGGGAUUUGCAAGGACAGGACCCCCACUAGCUCCAUGUCUUUUCUAGGUGAUUUGCAAGGACAGGACCCCCACUAGCUCCAUGUCUUUUCUUACCAAUAGACUCUAGGAUGGGAUAUGGGAUCCCGGCACCCCGUGUCUUUGAAGCCUGCUACUGUCCGCGAAAGAACUUUCCUGAAAGAAACCCAGCUGCAAGCGGCAGAAAUGUCUCUGUGCACCGUCGUGGCUGCGAUUCAAGCCGUGGAGAGGAAGGUUGAUUCUUAUGCCAAACAGUUGCUGAGUCUGGAAGGGAGAACAGGAGUGGCCGAGAAGAAGAUAUCGGCGUGUGAGAAAAUGGAGAUGGAGUUUGGUAACCAGCUGGCUAUGCUGGGAGCUCUGAUCCAGGAGAAUCAUCUAUUGUGAGGAGGCUGGAGAGCAUGGAGAGCCUGCUGGAGAACAGGAACCUCUGGAUCCUGCGGUUCCCCCGGGGUCAAGUCCCCAAGGUGCCUGUGACGUUUGAUGAUGUCUCUGUGUAUUUCAAUGAGCAAGAGUGGGAGAGGUUGGAUGAAUGGCAGAAAGAGCUGUACAAGAACGUGAUGAAGGGGAAUUUUGAGACCCUGAUCUCUCUAAACUACUCGGUGUCCAAACCUGACAUUUUGUCUCGGACGGAGCGAGGGGAAGAGCCGUGCAUCAGAGAUCAGCAGGAUCUGAAGGAAAGGGAAAUCCCUAGCUUCCCUGGUGUUGAUCUUCCCAUUCCCGCUCCUACUGUGUUAGCCCAGCUUGAACAAGAGGAAGAGCCGUGCAUUGGGGAACUGCAGGAGUUGGAAGAGAGAGCGAUCCCUGCAUGUCCCACUUCAGGUGUCAGUCACUUUGACUAUGGGCCGUGUAUCCCUCACCUCACUCCUUCCUUUUCUGAACUUCAGAUGGACCCCAGAAGCAGAAUUGUUUUCCUCCUCUUCCCUCCGGUGAAAGCACCGGGGGUAUAG